UUCGCCAUCGACCAUCGCAGCGACAAGGAUUGUACGCGUUCAUCGAUCAUUCUGCUGCCAUGGAGGGCAUUUUGGACUUCUCCAAAGAGUUCGAUGUCUCGCUCAUGGACAAGGUGGUCAUCGCCCUGUACUCCGGUGCAGGACAGGAGCAACAAAUGGCACAGCAAGUCUUGACGCAUUUCCAAGAGCAUCCCGACUCAUGGACGCGUGUUCCGGAUAUUAUGGAGCAUGCAACCUUCCCCCAAACGAAAUUUAUCGGUCUGCAGAUUCUCGAGAGACUGAUCAAUACGAGAUGGAAGUCGUUGCCCGACGAGCAGCGGCAGGGCAUCCGGAACUUCAUCGUCGGGGUUACUGUCAAAGUGUCAUCGGAUGAAGCUACCAUGCGGAGAGAAAAAACGUAUCUCGGGAAGUUAAACCUGGCGCUCGUGGACAUUCUCAAACAAGAAUGGCCACACAAUUGGCCGACGUUCAUCACGGAACUCGUAGAAUCUUCCAAAACGAACCUCUCUCUGUGCGAGAACAAUAUGGUGAUCCUCAAGCUCUUAUCGGAAGAGAUUUUCGACUACUCCGCGGAGCAGAUGACUCAAGCCAAAGUCAAGAACCUCAAGAACCAAAUGUGUGGAGAGUUUUCGGAGAUUUUCAAGCUGUGCUCGGAGAUUCUCGAGGAGGCGCAAAAGACGUCCCUGAUCAAGGCGACUCUCGAGACUCUGCUGAGGUUCUUAAACUGGAUUCCUCUUGGUUAUAUCUUCGAGACGACCAUCAUCGAUUUGCUGCUCAAUCGGUUCCUCGAGGCACCCGAGUUCCGCAACAUUACCCUCAAAUGUCUAGCGGAGAUUGCUUCCCUGAACGUUGGACCGGAGUACGACCCAAAAUUCGUGAUCCUGUUUGCGAUGGUCAUGACUUCUGUGAACCGAAUGAUACCUCCAAGCACAAAUAUCGCACAAGCAUAUGCAAACGCGGGUGACGCCGGCCAAGAACUCGUCCUCAAUCUAGCGCUGUUCUUGUCAAAUUUCUUGUCGAAUCAUCUUCGUGCAGUCGAAACGGAGGAGAACCGAGAUGUCUUGCUGAAUGCACACUUGUAUAUGGUCAAGAUAUCGCAGGUGGAUGAAAGGGAGAUCUUUAAGAUUUGCUUGGAAUACUGGUCGAAGCUGGUGGCUGAGCUAUUCGAGGAAAUCCAGAGUCUGCCGAUCGGCGAGAGUGGGCUGUUGAUGGGCCUCAGUCUGGGAGGCUCCACUCAAAACAUGCUCAACGGCAUGGCGCUGCGCAAGAACAUAUAUAGCGAUGUGCUAUCAAACCUGCGCCUUGUCAUGAUCGAGAAGAUGGUCAAGCCCGAGGAGGUUCUCAUCGUUGAGAAUGAAGAAGGCGAAAUCGUUCGCGAGUUCAUGAAGGAAAGCGACACCAUCGUCCUCUAUAAGCAGAUGCGAGAGCUGCUUGUGUAUCUCACUCACCUCGACGUCAAUGACACGGAAAACAUCCUUACGGAGAAGCUCGCAAAGCAGGUCGACGGCACGGAAUGGUCGUGGCAGAACUUAAACACGCUUUGCUGGGCCAUCGGUUCGAUAUCGGGUGCUAUGAAUGAGGAGACGGAGAAGCGAUUCCUUGUGACCGUCAUCAAGGAUUUGUUGGGCCUUUGUGAAAUCAAGCGGGGUAAGGACAACAAGGCAGUUGUUGCGUCCGACAUCAUGUACAUCGUCGGUCAAUAUCCUCGCUUCCUCAAGGCACAUUGGAAGUUCCUGAAGACUGUCGUUAACAAGCUCUUUGAAUUCAUGCACGAGACACAUGAAGGUGUCCAGGAUAUGGCAUGCGAUACGUUUAUCAAAAUCGCGCAAAAGUGUAGGAGGCAUUUCGUCAUGCAACAGUCUGGAGAACAGGAGCCUUUUGUGGAUGAGAUUCUACGUCUUUUGCAUAGAAUCACUGUGGAUCUCUCGCCGCAACAGGUGCACACUUUCUAUGAAGCUAUUGGAUAUAUGAUCUCGGCACAGCCCAACAAGCCUCAGCAAGAGAAGCUGAUCGCCAAGCUGAUGGAACUUCCUAACAAUGCGUGGGACUCCUUGAUGUCUCAGGCCGCGCAGCAAGUAGAUGUCUUGGCUCAUGAUGAGAAUGUCAAGAUUCUAGCGAACGUGUUAAAGACCAACGUUGCUGCUUGCACGUCGAUCGGCAGCUUCUAUCUCCCGCAAAUUGGCAGAAUCUAUCUCGAUAUGCUCGGACUGUACAGGGCGGUCAGCACCAUCAUCAGCGAGAGCGUGGUGCGAGACGGCGUUAUUGCGACGAAAACACCCAGGAUUCGGCACCUGCGCACUAUAAAAAAGGAGAUUUUGAAGCUUAUGGAAACAUUUAUCAAGAAAGCUGAGGACCUCGAGACUGUGAACGCCAACUUCAUGCCGCCUCUUCUGGAGGCCAUUCUCGGCGAUUACAACCGUAACGUACCCGCCGCGAGAGAUGCCGAGGUGUUGAACGUCAUGGCGACUAUCAUCGACCGACUAGGCUCUUUGUUGACGCCGCAAGUUCCUGCAAUACUAGAUGCUGUGUUUGAGCCAACGUUGAACAUGAUCAACCAAGAUUUCGCAGAGUUCCCUGAACACCGUGUCGGGUUCUUCAAGUUGCUGCGUACAAUUGACCAACACUGCUUCCCAGCCCUGCUCACGGUUCCUCCUGGACAAUUCAAGCUUUUCAUUGACAGCAUCAUCUGGGCGGUCAAGCAUACCAUGCGAGAUAUUGCUGAGACGGGGCUCAAUCUAUGCCUGGAGGUUAUCAACAACUUCGCAAGCGCCGACCCUGCAGUCUCGAAUGCCUUCUUCCAGCAGUAUUUCCUGCUCAUCAUGCAAGAUAUAUUCUAUGUGCUCACCGACACCGACCACAAGAGUGGCUUCAAGCUGCAGUCCCUGCUGUUAGCGAGAAUGUUCCAACUGGUGGAGACGAAUCAGAUCACUGUUCCGCUGUUCGAUCCGGCCAGUGUACCGGAUCCGGCGAUGACCAACGCUGUUUUCUUACGCGAGUAUCUCUCCGGUCUUUUGAAGUCAGCGUUCCCUCAUGUACAAAGCACGCAAAUCACGAGUUUCGUGCUUUGCCUUGGAGAAUCCCAUAGUGACAUCAACCGCUUCAAACUUGCUCUUCGUGACUUCCUUGUGCAGCUCAAGGAGUUCUCGGGUGACAAUGCAGAACUUUAUUUGGAGGAGAAGGAAGCGGAAGCUCAACGCAAGGCGCAGGAGGAGCGCGAAGCCGCAAUGCGCAUUCCGGGCAUGUUGAAGCCAUCGCAAUUAGAGGACAAAGACGAAGAUAUUUGAAGGACCGCACGACUUCACACCAUUGUAUGAUAGACUUUGCUGUCUUCUGCUACCAUUGGUUCCAAGUGCAUCGUAAUGUAUCGCUCUGUUCUCCCUCCCCCUCCCCGAACCCCCUCCUUGCCUAACUACCCUUCUGUGUCGUCUGUCAGCAGUAGUGUAUAAUCGAGCUAUCGUCAUCUGGCUGUUCCCGCAUUUAUCUGUCAUGUACUAUUAGCUUACACCAGGAAUAACAGAAGAGGA